CAAUAUAAGUCGAUCAGAACAGAAGCGAGUACUUUGUCAUAAAGUUACAAGUCAACAUGGAAAGAAAUGGUCUUGUAAGACGUGCCAAGAAAGUUGGAAAGGAUAAGGACUAUGUCGAAGUGAACGGGAAUAUUCCAGUCAAAAAACAACUGAAACUCAAACGAAAGCAACAAAAACUAAUUUUCGUUGCUCUUUCGAGCUUACGUUACGUUGUGGAAUGUCUGUUUUGUAACUUCCUAUUGAUGUGGUUUCUCAUCCUCGUCCUGCCUAUUGCUGUACUUAACUUAGUGUUAAAGAAGGUUGAACAGUUUAUCGUGUGUCUUAAAGUAAAAGCCGUUCCUCUUCGAGGCGAAGACGCGAUUUGGCUACAAGAUUCUGAUACGAACCGCUUAAUUAUUACUUCGGUAAUAAUCGUCGAUAAGCAAGUGGACGAAAACACAGCUAUAAAAGACUUUAGACAAAUUGUUUACGAACGCAUGGUAACUUACAAGAACAGUGAUGGAAGCAUAAAAUUCCCUCGUGCGAAGCAGUUUAUUCAACCUGGGUUAUUCCAGUAUUUCUUAGUCGAAGACAGCAAUUUUGAUAUCGAUAAACAUGUUUUUAAAUUUGAUGGCGAGUUACCGAAGUCCAAAGAAGAGUUAGAAGGUAUCAUUUCUAAGAUGUGUUGUGAGCCAUUACGGAAGGAUCGCCCACCAUGGUACUUCUGCUACAUCGCAAAUAAAUUUGACGAUACAGCAGCUGUGGUCUUCCGUAUUCACCACUGCAUAGCAGAUGGUGUCUCUCUGUCCAGAUUCAUGACCAGGAUCCUCACAGACGAACACAAAGCACAGAAAGAAGCAAGAAAGUUUUCUUCUUACGCAAGAGGUUUCAUGUAUCUCAAAGCUCUCUUCGUUACUGCCAGAGUUGUGAUUAGCCUACUAUUAAGUUUUCCAGACAAAUCGAUUAUACAUGGUAAAUCCCUGAUUGGAAAGAAGAACUGCGUCUGGUCCCAACCUCUGGACCUUGACCUAAUCAAAAGGGUUAAAACAACCACAGGUACGACUAUCAACGAUGUCCUUGUCGCCUCUCUAACAAUGGCUAUGCGGAAAUACUUCCAAAAGAAGGGAGUCAAAAAUCCUGAAGAUUUCACAGCAUCUGUUCCAGUCGACGUCAGUUCGUCCACAGAAACAAUCGAGUUCCAGAACAAAUUUUCUGUUGUUUUUAUCAAACUCCCUUCAAGUCAAGAGAGUGCCUUGGAUAUUUUGUCUGAAACGAAAGCCAGGAUAGACGCUGUUAAGUUUUCUGGCGAACCUUUUGCAAUGGCCUGGUCUAUGAACCUGUCAGUUGAACUUCUACCGGAGAUACUUGUCAAGCCGUUGAUAUCAUUUAUCUCGAUUAAAUCGACCUGUGUGAUGUCUAAUGUGCCUGGUCCUCAGCAUUCGCUGUCUGUCAGUGGACACCCGAUAAAGUACAUGACAUUCUGGCCACCCCAGAGAAAUAAUAUCGGUGUUGGGAUCUCCAUCUUCUCUUACGCAGGUCAAGUUGUGAUUGGUGCACAAGGGGACUUGGAAGUGAUGAAUGACCCAGAAGCUGUCACUGAACUAUUUGACGAGUCAAUUCACGAGUUAGCUGCAGUUGUGCUUGGCGGAGAGAAACAUAAUAAUCCUUCUCUAACAUCCCUAUAGAACCGAGAAAGUCGCAUUAGAGACUAGUCUAAGAAG